CAGAACGCUGGCCCUCGAACAGAGCUGUACAAAUUAGAUUAUGGGAGACGCAAGUGAACCAGCAACAAACUAUCUAGAUGUUUAUAAUGUGGAAUUUGAGAGGGCAGCCGUCGUCAUUCAACGAGCCUUCCGCAGAGUUUUAGACAUAAAGGUUUUUAAGUAUUACAAAAAUCUCAUAAAUUUUAAAGGAAUUGGAGAUCCAAGACUCCUGCUUAAGUGCAUCAACCCUCGAGAGGCAGAGCUACUUGAUGCCGCUGCUGGUGUUCAUGUGCGUUUUAGAUUGGGAGGGGUGAAAUUCCCACCAAAUAUCUAUUACAAACUGUUUACUCACCGACCUAUAGUGGAUAUGUGUGCCAAUAGCCCCAAAGACUAUACUAAGCAAUCUCAGAAACAGCUGCUGCCCAGGCACAUCCACAAUCGUGGAGACCUUCCAGUGUCAGACCACGAAAACUGGUAUACUCGAGUGGAGAACAAUGGUUGGCGACUGCUCACACUAAGAUUGUUCGAUGGCAUGGACCAGAUAACAGCAACUGAUAAUAUUAAGAAGAUAACGUUUCACCAUUCUGGACUGCGGAGGAAACAGGAUGUGGAAAAAAAGCAAAAACAAAAAAAAAUUGACUGGAUGAGAAAAAUGUAUUAUCAAGGAAGCCUGCGUGCUCAGACAACAGACCCAGACACUGUGAUCCUAGUUCAAAAAGCUACUCAAGGCGUCAUAAACUCUGCAGAACAACAUGGGAGUGGAUCUGUUAUGGACUGGGAAGUGGAUGAACUACUCCAAUGGACAAAUGCUCUGAACUAUGAAGAGUAUAUUGGGAAGUGGAAAGUGAUUGGAACAAGUAAAUCAUCCUCUGCAUUCAAAGGUACAACAUUAAUUCGCUCACCAUACGAUCUCCACGAAUUCUCUCAAUUCUCUCCAAUCAGCCCGGCAUCCUCCACGAGCAUCAGAAAUGAAGAUGAGCCACAGUCAUAACAACUCAUCAAAAGAUUGCUUGGAAUAUGUCAUUGAUAUGUUUUACACAUUGCCUAUGGAAUGCUUCCAGUAUGGCGAGGACCUGUGUUGCACACUUACACCACAAGCAAUUUACAUCGGUGGUCUUGUAGUGGGUGCCAGAGACUAAGAUAUUUGGUUUUAAAGAAUCAGAUGAAAUAUGGAAUUUUUCAGGUGCAACCAAUUGAUACACUUUCAUUCUCAUCACGUUAAUAACAUCUGCCCCAUAAUCCCUUUUACUUAUUGGCAUUUGCAGCCGAGAGAGAGAAAGUCCAACCAAGAUCACCAUAUUCAUACAUAUCCAAGACUUUCAAUGUGGUAAUGUCCCCUGUCCCAACUGCAUAUUACAUUUUUCCCUUCCAUCUAUCUCUCCGAUUUAAAGGUUAUGAAAGUAUGUAGGUUGUGAGAAUGUCUCUAAAACACAGUGAGGGAAGGCUUAAACAAUCUUGCUGCAGCCAUUGAGUUGACUCUUUUGCUAAAAAUUGGAUUUGCCCUUCUCGGUAGAAAUAAUGCAACUAGCUGAUUCCUUAACCAAUCAACAGUACAUUUUUCUUGGUAUGUAACGUACAGUUUAUAACAAGGCAUAUAAACAUGUUCAAAAAAAAUAUGGUCCACAAAGUGGAAAAUUGCUUCAAUCCAGUAAAGUUUGAACUUCGUAGCUUAAGGAGCAUCCAAUCAUGAAAAUCCUCUACAUUCAUUUCCCUGGGCAUUCAGAUAGAAAAGAC